AUGGGCCAAGAAGGCUUUGAAAUUAUUCUAGCAGGGGCAGAGACGACAAGCCAAACUCUAGCAACGGCAGCAUACAAUAUAUUAACCAACCCCGACAGCGUUCUCUCGAGGCUUCAAGCGGAGCUCAACGAGGCAAUGCCGGAUCCGAAUUCUAGGCUUCCUUUGAAGCUGCUAGAAAACUUACCAUGGCUUACUGCAGUCAUUAAGGAGAGCCUUCGUGUCCAAGCAAUAAUAACUUCACGGCUACCAGUGAUCUCUCCAGAGAAACCUCUCCACUACAAGGACUGGAUAUUUCCUGUUGGUACCCCUGUUGGCAUGUCACUGCGCGACGUUUUGUUAGAUCCCGACGUCUUUGAUGAGCCAGACAAGUUCCUACCCGAACGCUGGCUAUCAUCAAAUCCAAAUCCCGAAAGGCUUGACCGUUACUUUGUACCAUUCAGCCGUGGAAGUCGCAUGUGCCUUGGCAUGAAUCUUGCAAUGGCAAAUUUGUAUAUCACCUUAGCGGUUAUGUUUCGGCGACAUAACUUUAAGUUGCAUGAUACAAACUGGGCUCGGGAUAUUCAAAUUGUGCGGGAAGACUUCAUUGGUGAAGUAUCAAAAGACUCUAAAGGGGUUCGAAUUAAAUAUGCGUGA